UGCAAAUGGAGGAAGAAGAAUCAUACUUUGAAACCCUUGUUCUCAUUUGAUUCCCUCCUUCCUCUCUCUCUUUUCUCUCUGAUUCGUGAUUCCACACUUAUUUACUCAUCUCUCCUUUCAAUAGCAACUUUUAAAAUUUGCUUCUUCUUUGUGAAAUUUACUUGAAAAGGAGAGGAUUUCUGAAUUCUGUCACUUCAAGCUCGAAUUUUGCCAACUUUCCUUUGAUGGGUUUUACUUGUUUUGUUGUAAUUUGAUUAAAAAUAGAAACUUUUUGUUUUUUUCUUCUUCUUGUCUCCUUUGCUUAAUAAAGAAGAAGCUUUUCAAUGGAAUUUGACUUGAAUACUGAGAUUGCGGAGGUGGAAGAGGAGGAGAUUGAUGAUGUAGGAGUAGGAGGAACAAGAAUUGACAAGGGUAGGCUUGGAAUUUCACCGUCAUCUUCUUCUUCAUGCUCUUCCGGAUCAUCAUCAUCUUCUACAGGCUCUGCAUCUUCCAUUUACUCUGAGCUGUGGCAUGCUUGUGCUGGUCCUCUCACUUGUCUUCCCAAGAAAGGCAAUGUAGUUGUGUAUUUCCCACAAGGUCAUUUGGAGCAAGAUGCUAUGGUUUCUUAUUCUUCUCCUCUUGAAAUCCCCAAAUUUGACCUUAAUCCCCAAAUCUUCUGCAGGGUGGUUCAUGUCCAAUUGCUUGCUAAUAAGGAAACUGAUGAGGUCUACACUCAAGUCACUCUGCUUCCACUCCAAGAGUUUUCGAUGCUAAAUGCGGAGGGGAAAGAGGUCCAGGAGUUAGGAGGGGACGAAGAGAGGAAUCAAAGCUCAUCCGUCAAACGAACACCUCAUAUGUUUUGCAAAACCUUAACAGCUUCUGACACAAGCACUCAUGGAGGUUUCUCUGUACCUAGAAGAGCCGCUGAAGAUUGUUUUGCUCCUCUUGACUACAAACAACAGAGGCCAUCUCAAGAGCUCAUUGCAAAGGAUCUCCAUGGAGUAGAGUGGAAGUUUCGCCAUAUCUAUAGAGGUCAACCAAGGAGGCAUCUACUCACCACUGGUUGGAGUAUAUUUGUCAGUCAAAAGAAUCUAGCCUCUGGUGAUGCCGUUCUCUUUCUGAGAGACGAAGGUGGAGAGCUGAGAUUAGGAAUAAGAAGAGCAGCAAGGCCAAGAAAUGGACUUCCUGACUCAAUCAUUGAGAAGAACUCAUGUUCGAACAUUCUAUCUCUUGUGGCUAAUGCUGUAUCUACAAAAAGCAUGUUUCAUGUGUUUUACAGUCCACGAGCGACGCAUGCAGAGUUUGUGAUUCCUUAUGAGAAGUAUAUCACAAGCAUCAGGAAUCCCAUUUGCAUAGGCACAAGAUUCAGAAUGCGAUUUGAAAUGGACGACUCUCCUGAGAGAAGAUGCGCUGGAGUAGUGACUGGAGUCUGUGACUUGGACCCGUAUAGGUGGCCAAACUCUAAAUGGAGGUGCUUGUUGGUGCGAUGGGAUGAGUCAUUUGUGAGUGAUCAUCAAGAAAGAGUUUCACCUUGGGAGAUUGAUCCCUCGGUUUCUCUCCCACACUUAAGCAUUCAGUCAUCUCCAAGGCCUAAAAGGCCGUGGGCAGGUUUACUGGAUACUACUCCACCCGGAAACCCCAUAACCGAAAGGGGUGGUUUUUUGGACUUUGAGGAGUCGGUUAGACCCUCUAAGGUCUUGCAAGGUCAAGAAAAUAUAGGUUCUGCAUCACCCUCACAGGGGUUUGAUGUUAUGAAUCGCCGGAUACUGGAUUUUGCGAUGCAGUCUCACGCAAGUCCAGUUCUUUUGUCGAGUAGAGUGAAGGAUCGAUUUGGUGAGUUUGUAGAUGCUACUGCCGUGAACCCAGCUUGUUCAGGUGUUAUGGACCUGGACAGGUUUCCAAGGGUCUUGCAAGGUCAAGAAAUUUGCUCGCUUAAAUCAUUCCCGCAAUUUGCUGGUUUCAGUCCAGCUGCUGCUUCAGGAAAACCAAAUCUUGGAUAUACUGAUCCCUUUGCGUACCAAGCCAACAAGUCAAGUUUCUAUCCGCUAGCUUUGCAUGGGAUUAGGAGCACUCAUGUUCCAUAUCAGAAUCCAUACAAUGCGGGAAACCAAUCCUCGGGUCGCCCUUCUCGUGCAAUAAACUUUGGUGAAGAGACUAGAAAGUUUGAUGCACAAAAUGAAGGUGGCCUACCGAAUAAUGUUACAGCUGAUUUGCCAUUCAAGAUUGAUAUGAUGGGAAAACAGAAAAGCAGUGACUUUAAUAUGAAUGCUUCAUCAGGAUGUAAACUUUUCGGAUUCUCCUUACCUGUGGAGACACCUGCAUCUAACCCGCAAAGCACGAACAAAAGGAUCUGUACAAAGGUUCACAAGCAAGGAAGCCAAGUGGGGAGAGCUAUUGAUUUAUCCCGACUAAACGGUUAUGAUGAUCUCCUGACCGAGCUUGAACGGCUGUUCAACAUGGAAGGGCUUCUCAGGGAUCCUGAAAAAGGAUGGAGGAUCUUAUAUACUGAUAGUGAGAACGAUAUGAUGGUUGUUGGCGAUGAUCCAUGGCAUGAUUUCUGCAAUGUGGUGUGGAAGAUACACUUAUACACGAAAGAGGAAGUGGAGAAUGCUAAUGACGAUAACAAGAGUUGUUUAGAACAAGCUGCUAUCAUGAUGGAAGCAUCAAAGUCAUCUUCUGUGAGCCAGCCUGAUUCUUCUCCUACAAUCACUAGGGUUUGAUAUAAACAACCCAAGAAAGAAGCUUAUUUUCUUAUGUUCUUUAAGUGUGUUUUGCUGACAAAAGAACUUCAACUUUAUCUUUUGUCUUUGAAUCUGUCUGUGUGUUUGUUUGUAUUUCUUGUGGUCUCCAUGAAUCUGGAGAUUUGUGAGUUUAUGGAUGUGUAGAACAUGCCGUUAGAUGAGUUUGGAUUGAGGUCUUGAAUUUGCGAUUAAGGUGGUGCUUUGGAUUUUAAAGUUUUCAAUAAAAUUACAAUAUAUUU